GUUCCUCGGGAGGCUCUCCGGGGGGGUCCCUCGGGACAGCAGGAGGCAGCGAAGCCCGGAGCGGUCUUGGGACCGGUUCCGUGCGAGCGCGGCGAGACCCGGCGGUUGUUGUGCAGACAAAUCUGGGAGAGUGUGUGUUGGGAAGUAUUUCAGAGCAUCUCCACACCCCAGCUCCCUGGGUGAAGGUGUGGAUGCAUGGUCCAUGUGAAGUUACACUGGAGUAACCCACCAAGGGAGGAGCAGCACUAAGCAGUGAGCCCAGAUGUCCCAGGACAGACAGACUCAGGAGAUGGAUGUGCAGCCUGAGGAGGAUCCCCUUGCUGCUGCCAGGGAGAAGAAAGAAGCACCAGAGGAUGACCAUCCUGAGACACCAUCGUGUCCCCGGUCAUCUCCUUUAGGCUACAGGGAGAAGCACACAGGGCACAAAGGCUCUGCCAGCAUGGUGUGGGCAGCCAUGCCGGGGAUGCUGUUCCGGAAGAGCAGGGACAGCAGCUUUCACCCCCUUGACCUGUCCUGGGUGUUUGGCUACAACAGCAGCCUGGCUGUGCACAGCCUGAUGGACGGGGAGGACCGGGUGCUCCUGUACGUCUCCUCCCACACAGUGGUCAUCCACGACAUCCUGCAGAGCAGGCAGUUCCACCUGCAGGGUCACACAAAUGUCAUCUCCUGCCUGUGUGUGAGUGCAGACAAACGCUGGGUUGCCACUGCUGACCAAGGGCCAGAUGCUAUGAUCAUCGUGUGGGACUCCUACUCUGGGGUACCCGUGCGCACCAUCUUCGAGAGCCAUGCCGAGGACGGGGUCUGUGCCAUUGCCAUUUCCCAGGAUGCCAAGUAUCUGGUGACCAUUAGUGCUGCUACUGUGCAGAAAGUUUGUGUUUGGAGAUGGACUUUGCUCACAGAGGAACCCGUGUGCAGCACAGAGCUGAAGCCUGAGUUUGGGUAUCAGUUCAGUGCAGCUGGUGAGGUGGCUUUGGAUAAAAGCAGUGGUUUUGGAUGGGAGAAUAAGCAGAAAGCAUUGCUGAGCUUGCUGCUAAUGCAAUUCUUUGAAUUUCAGGAUUAUGUCAUUUUUAACCCUCAGAAUCCCCAUGAGUUUGUCAGCAACAGCAAAACCCAGGUGAUAUUUUACCUGUGGGAUGAUUCUGGUUUGCAGUAUGGGACACCAUUCCUGAGCAACCAGACCUUCAAGUGCCUGGUGGGACAGUUCAGCCAGUCAGUUUUCCAUUUUAACAACACCCAAGCUCUGACGGGCACGUCGGCCGGGAAGCUGGUGCUGUGGGACAUGGACGAUCCCCGCACUGUCCCCGAGGAGCUGCCGGCCAAACCCCACGGAGUGACACCUGCCAAGGUGGUGGCAAUGCAGAAGGAGAGUCUCACCGUGCUCCAGGUGUUGGAGAGCUGUAUAGCCACAGGUGAUGUGAAAGGGCAGGUUAAAUUCUACGAUGGGCAGCUGCGGCUCCUCAGCACCUACAGCCACGACAAAGUGGGUCCCAUCCAGUCCAUCUCCUUCUCCACAAUCCUUCGGGAUGCUCCCAGUGCCCUCCCGGGCAGCAGCCAGCCUUUUCUCACCAGGAACUUUAUCCUUUCAACCUCUGAUGCAACCAUGUUCCAUGUUGCAACAGACAGCACAAACUUUGAAAGAAUCAUGACAGAGGCGAAGAAAGCUGUGAAUGCCAUUGCCUGCCACCCUCAGGAGCCACUGGUGGCUGUGGGGAGUCACUGUGGGCUGCUGAAGGUGUGGGAAUACAAGCAGACCCAGUACCUCGUUAGCAGGAUAUUCACCGAGGCUGGCAUCCAGUGCUUAUCCUAUGAUCCUGAAGGUCAUUUUCUGGCUGCUGGAUUUACUGAUGGAAGCGUUUACAUCCUUGAUGCAAUUUCCCUUCAGUCCAUAUGCGAGGAAUUCCAGUUCUCGCAAUGUCCCGUGACUCACAUCAGCUUCUCUCACGAUUCCAAGUACCUCGCAACCGCUGAUGAGAAUUAUUCAGUGACUGUUUACAAGAGAGUCCCGCAGAAGGGGAGCAGAUGCUGGGAACACCUGGCAGGGCUGGACUCCCACUACAAACCCAUCCGGAGCAUCCUCUUUGGGGUCCACUCUGACAGCAACGAGCCCAGGCUCCUGAGCCUCGGGGAGGACCGGCAGCUGGUUGAGUAUGAUCUGAGCAGCAGCAUCAAGGACCACUUGGUGGUCACACACAGGGACAGGCUGGAGCAGGCUGCAGUGCCCCUGUGCUUGACCUGGUACCCACAGCUCGGCACCGAGUCCUUUUUCCUCACUGCCAACAACUGCUACAAAAUGAAGCUCUACAACACAACCACCAAAAUGUGCAGAAAGACCCUUUUGGGACCAACCUAUGGCUCCCCCUUGGAGAAGAUACAAAUCCUCCCUCGGACAAGCUCUGCAGACCCCCGGCAACACUACUUGGUGUACAUUACAAAGGACAAGGUGGGCUUGCAGAUGCUGCCUGUUGAUGGCAACCCCCACAAGUCCUCAGCCUUCAUCUGCCACCCGGACGGUGCCGCUGACUUUGCCGUCUCCCACGACGGGCGUUACGUCUUCACAGCCGGGGGCAAGGAGCGCACUUUCAUGAAAUGGAAAGUCAACCUGCAUGCCUUGGAUGCUGCUGCUUUCCUGGGUGGGGAGAACUUGAUCCCAUUCUACAACCUCCUGGAUGGCGGCAGAGAAGGCAAAUUCUUCAGGGAACUGGAGGACUAUUUUUACUACGUACAGCUGUGCAGCCAAGGUAUCAAAACACUGGAGACCAGACAGGUGUCAACACAUAUUCCCUUGGAGGAAAUUCCUUCUGUAAUGAGAGCAAUAGGAUUUUAUCCAUCAGAGGAAGAGAUUGAAGAAAUGAUAAAUGAAGUCAAAUUCAGCGAGUAUGCAGAUACUGAAGAAGAAGUGACAGAAAUCAAUUUAGAUGAUUUUAUCAAACUUUAUAUAAAUCAUCGACCUGCACUUGGCUUGUCAAUGAAAACCAUACAAAGAGCAUUUCAGGUUCUUGGUUAUGAUAACAAGAAGGGAGACAAAGUUAUUGACAGAGGAGACUUCCUGUCACUGCUUCAGUGCAGAGGGGAGCAGAUGACAGAGGAUGAGCUGGCUGCAUGUCUGACCACCCUGCUGGGCAGGAGACCCAGGAAAGAAGGAUCUGAACCGGACACCUACGAUUCCACAGGUGCAGCAGCUUUGACUGAAGAAGAAAUUCCAGCAGAAAUCACAGCAGAGAUAUUUGUUGCAGACAUUCUUGGCUUCCCUAUUGCUGAACCAGAAAAAAAAGAACAGAAGGAAACAGAAGAAUCUUUGAUCUACAAAGGCUCAGAAUCAUAGCUGCCACUAGAUUUUCUGUUUGUUCCUAUUUUCCAGGAUCCUCUCCUCAAAUAUCUGCACAAUUUAUGGCUUGUGUUUAUUGCAAAGUAAAGGUCACAUAGUUGCAUUUCAGUCAAACUCUAGACUAAGUCCCCAGUUUGGCAUAUGCCACAAACCUGUAAUUUCACACCUAUAUAGGGAAACACUGAAUGGCUGGAAAGAAUGAAGCAGGUGGCCACUCCAUCCUUGGCUGGAACCUUCCCAGAAGUCAUUUCAGGUGGGUUUAUGCCAGAUGCAGUCUAUUUUCAUUACGUUUAUACAGUGUUCAUUUGUGCAACCUGACAGCAAAAGAGCAAUGCAAGAGUAUUGUAUUGAUUAAAUACAUUGAUAAACGCUUUGACACGUUAGAAUGGAUUUGUAAUUAUAAAUCCAAUGGACCUCGGUAAAGAAAUAAAUGCUGUGGCAUACAUUAAAGCCACGCUUCUCUUUUGGCCCUUAAA